UACCGGUUGGCUCUUGCUCUGUUCACGAGACACUCAUGUGGAAUGUGCCUACUUACAUUUUCAACCCCCUUAUUUAUGGGCGUUCCAACCUCACUGCUGUAUGAUCAGAGGCUGUGAAGCUGCAGCUGUCAGGAUUAGUUCUCUGUGAGGACUCGCUGCCAGUGUGUACAGUAGUAAACUGCGUGCUUUGGUGCUCGCCUUUCAGGCACCAUCAGAGGUCUCAUCAGCAAAGCAAAAGUUGUGGAUGAUACUUUCUAACCGUCUAGAAACUCAGCUAACUCAUAUAUAUAGUUUUCAAGAAAUGAUCAAGAAAGCAUCAAUAUAUAGCCGUCCCUUAGUUCAUCGCUUAAUGGAUCUCAAAGCUCAAAAAGAGAACAGAGAAGCCGAUGAUGACAGGAAAGUGGUUGCAGAGAUCAUGCAGAGGUGUUUCGUUCCAACUUUAGUAACAGCCAUCUCCUGGGAGGGAUUUCAUUUCGUUGGUCAUGAGAUUCGGAUUACUGAAGCCAUGGAUUGUUACGGUGCUGUUGUUUGGCCAUCGGCCCUUGUUCUAUGCUAUUUUCUGGAAACAAAUGUAAAGCAGUAUAACAUGGUUGACAAAAAUGUGAUUGAAAUUGGAGCUGGAACAGGGUUAGUCUCCAUCGUGGCAAGUUUACUUGGUGCACAUGUGACUGCCACAGAUUUACCUGAGUUACUUGGAAACCUGCAAUAUAAUAUUUCCCAAAACACCAAAAUGAAAUGUAAGCAUUUGCCUCAGGUUAAAGAGCUCUCCUGGGGUGUAGCUUUAGACAAGAACUUUCCCAAGGCUUCCAGCAACUUUGACUACAUCCUGGCGGCCGAUGUUGUCUAUGCUCAUCCAUUUCUGGAAGAACUCCUCAUUACUUUUGACCAUCUGUGCAAAGAAACCACCGUCAUCCUCUGGGUCAUGAAAUUCAGGUUGGAGAAGGAAGAUAAAUUUGUAGAUAGAUUUAAGGAGUUGUUUAACCUGGAGGAGAUUUCCAGUUUCCCUAGCCUGAAUAUUAAGUUGUAUAAAGCUAUGAAGAAAAAUUGGAGGAGUGCAUGAUAUCCUCAGAGGAGGACUUGGAAAGGGAAGGCAAUUUCUAGUGAUUAUUAUUGCUUUAACAAAAAACCUGGAUGAUCUGAUAUAGCUGACUUUCCCAAGGGGACACACACACACACACACACACACACACACACACACACACACGUGCACACGCACCUUGCCCCAGACAGGGAUUUUCCCAGAUAUAGCACACAGGUGUAUAGGAUGGCAAAGCCAUUCUGUGUGGUAAUUGGUUAGGACAAUGUCUGCUUUCCUUAUCUUUCUAUAGUACUAUUUAUAAUUAUUAUCAUCUUAAUAAAUGGUGCAAUUAUUGUUAAUGUAUAACUGUAGAAUGAUGGUUUUUAAUAAUAGUAUGUCUAAAAUGUUUUAAACAUAAGCUUAUGUGAUUCUCUCUUUAGAAAUAAUGAAAUGGACUAUAGUGGGCUCUACAAAUAAAUCUGACUAGGCAGACAGAGAAGGUAAUGGUCAAUGUUAGAUUAUUGUGGCUUCAUUAGUGCCAGCUUAUUGGUGGUCUGUCUUCUCUGCUUGGCAGGGUGGGUCUCCAGCACACCCUCUGAAAUCAGUAAAGCUGGUGGAUUCGAGGUUACAGGCAAGGACAUUUCACUCCAGUAAAUGAAAAAUGAAUGGAAGAAAACAUAAAAUCAGUUGAGAUUUUGGAGGAGCCAUUGUUUUAUUUUUAGGCCAAGUACAGUUAUUCUGCAUCACAGAAAGAGAAAUAAAUAUAAAAACUUUUCGUGUGUAUAAAAAUACACAUGAAAAGAUUUCAGUCUCUAAUCUCAAAUAACCAGACAUAUGGCUGGUUUUAAAGUUUAAAGCUCUUCUGAUAAACAUAUAGAGACCUAGAUAUUUGAAAUCCUAUGUGCUUUUUUUUUUUUCACAAGGACCUUAGAGAUUAGAAUAAAGUCUGAAGUAAGUAAAGUCAGUGCAAGAAGAGCAAAAUAUUAGGAUUUUUUACCACAUAAGAAGACUAGCGGUUGGUAACUCUUCCGGGUUCUCGGUGAUGUUGGCUAGGCAGGCUCUGUGCCCUCGGGGUGGUCCUUGCCCAGCCCUUUCUGCUUUGCUGGAAGUUCUCAGUCUACUCAGGGUUGAACAGAGCUGAAAAGUUUAUUUCCUAGGACUUUGACCUUAAGCCAGGAUGCAAAUGUACUCUCAGUGGGUUUUUUGGUAUGCACGGUUCCUGGGGUCAUCUCUCAAUAAUUACCAGUAUUUAUACGCCCCUUUAUAGUUUUCACAGCCUGCUGUGUACAUAAAGUCAACUAAUCCUCACAACCAUUCUAAGAGUCUAUGUAAUAUCAGUAUCCCCACUGCACAGGUAAAGGAGCCGAGGCCACCAGGGGUGGAGCCACACAGCUGCAGAGUGGCAGCGCUAGGCACUCAGGCCCAGGUCUGAGUCCAGAGCCCGUGUUUUUUUUUUUUUUUAACCAUUGCUCUGCCUUUAUGUAUUUAAAACAGUAAUUUUCCAACUCUUGUAAGUGAGUGAAGUCAUUUCUUUCAAGUGAAAUCAGUACCUGGAAAGGUAAGCAAAUGCAUCAGGAGAAGAUGAGAAUCUUUUUCUCUGGUGUCAGGGAGGCUCAUUUAGAAGGUGACAUUUAAGCAAAGCUGGAAGGAGGUGAGGGAAGCAGCAGUGCAGGUAUCUGGGGAGGUGUGUCCCAGGCAGAAGGAACAUCUCUGCCAGGACCUUAAAGCCGGAGCCCACCGGUCCUCAGGAGGAAACAUCGGAGGCCAGUGAGCUCGGAGCAGGGCGAGCGGGGAGGCUAGGAAGCUUCAGUAUCGGCGGCGGGACGGGGCCUUCGUGGCAGGCUGGGUUCUCCGGAAGCAGGCCAGGAGGCGGCAUUUGAUGUGCAGGCCAUUUUUAGGGAGUGUCGUGGGGAUCAAGACCUGUGGAAGGGGCAGAAGGAAGCGGGGCAAGGUGGAGCUGCCGUGCACGGCCUCAGCCGACCCACCCCCAUGGGGCUGUGGACCUGGGGGCGGGGAUGGGGGGCGCUGAGACUGCUGAGCCUUGAUAACCCGUGUCGCACAGUCACUGGACGCAAGUGGCCCGGGAAGGCUGUGACCUUGGGCGAGGUGACUUACGCCGGGGGGUCGGGUGAGGCGAUGCCCGCGGACGUUGACAGCCCAGGGCCGCCGGCCAGCAGCGCUGCCCGCGUGGAGGCGAUGAGUCCUCCUGAGGGGUCUGAGCAGCACAUCAGGGCAGCCGCAACCUCAAGGCCAUUGCGAGGACCUUGGCUCUUCCUCCGGUGAAGCGGAGGAUCGCGGGAUGGUUUGGAGUGGAGGAGUGAAGCAGUUACCCCUCCGUGUAAGGACCACUCCAGCUGAUGUUCCUAGGAUACUACGCAGGGCGGAGGGACCAGCGGGGAGGCUGUGGUGGGGAUGGCAGCCCGGGCCCCCGCGGGGACUGUGCCCGGAGGUGGCGAGAAGGGGUCGUUUCUAGAAGAGUCUGGAAGCUAAUGCCCACCGACCUUCUCUCCAUGUUGAGUAUGAGUGUGAGGCUGACUCGGGAGUGUUUGGUCCGAGCUGCUGGACAUCACAGAACAAAGAACAUCAGAGUCAUCGGCUGAGAGGUCGUUUGCACAGCUCACGCGGGGAGCAAAAGAGUGAACAGGAGCUGAAACGAGGACUGAGCCCCCAGGUGGCCGCGGUGAGGUCAGACACAGCUAGACCCGAGAAACUGGGAAACAUCCCCAGCUUGGAGUCUGCAGUUUACCCCUUUCCACUGACAUCAUGUGAAGUCUGUCCGUCAGUCCUCGUGACACUCAGGGGGCCUUCUGAACCCCUCACCUGAGGGAAUCUACCAGUUAUUCACUGGAUGGAAGUGGGCAGGUUUCUAUCCCAAGCCCAGACCCAGGUCCACCAGGCUAAAAAUGGAGAAAGAGCAGUGAACCUUUCAUUUCCUGUGAAGGUUAAUCGAGAGCAAGAAGAUGUGAGAAGAGUGAUCACUGCUUGGGAAGAUAACAAAAAUUAUAAGAAGGGAGAAGGCAGAACUACUAUACUACCAUUGCUUGCCUGGAAAGAUCAGAACAGACCUCACAGCUUGUCCGAAUAACUAAGUUCUGGCCGACGGGAUAUGAACAGAACUGACUUUUACCGUUUCUGGAGCGUGUCCUGAAGAGAAAUCUUUCCUCUGGCCCUUCCCUAUUUCCUGCUGGAAGAUGAUGAGAACUGAAAUGGCAGCCUUGGACCUCAAGAUGGAAGCUGCAUUUUGAAGAUGGCAGAAUCUCCUUAUAGCUUUGAACUAACGUGACAGAGGAAAUGAACUCCCACCUUGUUUCAGCUGUUGUUUCUUUGGAUCUCUUUGUUAUUGCAGCUGAAAGAAUGCAGGGAACUCUGAAAGAGUAGGUAAAAACUGCUGAAGUGAAUUGUUUUGUGGUAACAAAAGUAAAACAAGAAUAACUGCUUGUUAAUAGUCUGCUCCACUACUCAAAUAUCCCGAGUCCAUCUCUGGUGAACAUAGACACAGCGGGUUCAUUUCUGAAACAUGAAGCAAAACUUAUAUAAUCAAGUGGCUCAUUAGAGAAGAUCAGAGGAUUUCAAAGUACACUUUAAAGACUAGAACUAAUGUCCUGUAUUUAAAGAGGAGAUCAAAGUUGACACCAUGUCCUGAAGAUCCUUUGCAAAACAUCACUCUUCUGUGUUAUUAUCAGAAGUGACUUUCGCUGACCUUCACUGUAAAUCUAUGAAAGGUCUCGAUGUGAGUCUAAUAAGCACUAACAAUUAAGGGAUGUGUGUGGCAGAGUCCUCAUACGUGAAAUUGAUGAAGAGACUUUGCAGUUGAGGAUUAUCCUGGCUACACCAAGACGUAACAAAGAAACGAAGGAACAAAAGCCCAUGAACCCAGGAGACCUGGAAGUUACUCAGACAUAAGGACAGGGCUUUUUAGAUCUGUGUGCUUUUAUGCAGAAAAAUGUGAUUAAAACAGAAAAGCUCUACCGCCAUGACUCCUGAACCCCUGAUCAUCUUAAUUACGAAUUGCAAAUACAAAGGACAAUGUAUGGGAUCCUAAAGCAAGGAAAUUGAUCGACUCCCAAUGCUGAGCACAGUGCCUGUAAGACAAGGUUUGCACAAGAGAUAAGUGAUGCUCCGAUGAAUGAGAGGUCCAGAGUCAGCUCACUUCCUGGGCACGUGCCUCAUCGCACACACUCAUGGUUGAUCGGCAAUGCCUCUUUUACUGAAUAAUGACUACUUUUUAUAUUUUGAAAUCUCACUCUUAAUCAAUUCACAGAAACUCAGAAACUUUUCUAAAUAGAAAUAGUCCAUCUGAGCAGUGGUAAACAAGAUGUUGAAGUCUGCAAAAUGGAAAACAAAUUAUGCAGAGGAAUUGUGUGCAAUGACUCAGAAAGAAAAAAAAAGGACACUUUUUAACCCACUCCUGCUUCUUUAAUUGUUUUGGCAUGUGAGAAUCAGAGAGUCACGCAGGUAAGCAAAGGUUAAGUUUCCAGAAACCUGCCACUUGGAGGCUCAGAUCCGUUUUUGGUGUAGCUCCGUGUUGCAGCCAAGCCGCAGUAGCGCAAAGCAAGUACGUGUUGUUAUGUGUGAAGUGACUGAAGGUGGUUCUGAACUUUUCACUGAAGUGAGUGUCAUGGGUUAAAGACCUCCACCAAGACUGCAGUGAACCACAAAACCGUCUCUAGAAUUCAGCCUAUCGCUCCUAACUGAGGUUGGAUACCCCUAGAGGAUUACAAAGUGAUAUUUGACAGCAAAGUCUUUUGCAGUAUCAUUUGUUUGGGUUAUUAAGAGUGAACAUAUAUAUUAUAAAUGUUUCCUUUUUUUUUUUAUUGCCUUCCCAUACCUUUACGAGUUUGGAAGGAAAACUUCAGAAAAAUAUUGUGAUAAGAGUCAGUAAAUUUUCUUCAGAGAGUUUAAUGGGAUAGUUAAAAUUUCUUAAAUAAAGCACUGUCUCUCACCACAGACAUGGCCAUUCUCCCAGUUAUGGAUGGAAGGAGACCGCUAAAAGCACCACAACCCUGGGAAUACCCAAGACAGUACCGAAAAUCACUGAUGCUGUUAUGUUUCACAGAUGCAGCUGCUGAGGCUGGUGGAGGAUAAAUAACAACCCCCAGGUCACACUGCACUGGUAGUAAGUGACAGAACCAUACUUAGAUUCCAGAUGCUCAAACUCCAAACCACUAUGUUACAUUUAUUAAACAGAUGUUUCCAGAGUUCCCAGUUAUUUCUUAGUCCGUGUAUGACAGUGCCCAUAUUAGUGGUUGAAUCGUACAAUAUCAGACAUAGCUCUGCUCUCAAGAUGCGUCUCCUAUUGUCGGGGGAGAUAAGACGUGUUUCCACAAAAACUCACCAAAAUAGAAGGCAGUAAACAAGAUGUGAAGACUUAAGAGGUGGGCAUUUUAAACAAGGUAGGCUCAUGUUCUGGGCCCCAGUCACUUGUCUUUUGAAGCAUAAAACAUGAUAUUGAUAAAAGAAAUGUUCACAUGUUGAAGUAAGGGGAAGUCUUUCUGGCUUAUACAUGAGUUAACUUGAAUUUUAUGCUAACUAAAACAGCCUGUUUGUGGCCUAUCAAACGUACAUUGUACAUCUGCUGGAAUUAUUAAAGGAAAGGGCGCAUUGACCAGAGGUAAAAAACGUCCAUGUUAAAAAUGAAGAUCAAAUGCCUUCCUUCCUGGGAUGCCAAGGCUGGGACUCCUUCGAUGAUGACCCCCUUCCCAGGGGCCAAGGCCAUCCUGACUCACUGUGUAGGUUCUUAUCUGUUUUGUUGAAACCUUGAAGGAAUGUAUCUCUGACUUGUUUGGUGUUAUUUGUUCUGACAAGACUUAAAACUGUGCUGAAACCGUGCUUCCCUGGAGCAGUUCCUCAGAGUUAUAUGAGAGGCUGGCUUCCAGGCUACAGUCCUCAGCUUGGCUGAAAUAAAACUCCUGUCUGUCUACUCCUAUUA